AAGUACCCUCACAAAAAAAAAAAAAUGGCUCUGAAUAAAGGAAAAUGGAGUCCUGAGGAAGAUCAGAAGUUAAUAGCUUAUAUUAGCAGAUAUGGCAUUUGGAACUGGAAUGAGAUGCCAAAAGCUGCUGGUUUGCCAAGGUCAGGGAAGAGUUGCAGACUUCGCUGGAUGAAUUACCUCAGGCCAAAUAUAAAGCGUGGGAACUUCAGCAAGGAAGAAGAAGACACCAUAUACAAGCUGCAUAAAAUAAUGGGGAACAGAUGGUCUGCAAUUGCAGCCAGAUUGCCUGGAAGAACAGACAAUGACAUAAAAAAUUAUUGGAACUCAAAUUUAAGGAAACGCUUGAAUAACACAGCUUCUGCAGCCUCGAGAGAGAUGAAGAUGCAUCUCUCUGAGGGUACAGGCCCAAUUUCGACUGUACCAAAAGCGUUGGUUGCAGAAAGCUCUAAGGAGAUCCCAGAUUCAUCAAGUUCUAACUUUGUCAGCGGAAUUGAUAAAAACCAGGCUUUAGGUCAAAAUACUAAUGUUGGGUUAUCUAAAGUUUAUAGGGACUUUGAAGGCUUACAGGGGCAAUCAUUUUCUGUGGAAGGCUUGCAUGUGAUGGAGGAUGAUGCGGCAACUCUUUACCCUUUUGCUUCCGAUAAUGACUUGUUUGGCUAUUUUCCUCUGCUGUCUUAUGAAAACCAGGCUAUCGACCUGGAGAAUUUUGAUUUAUCUGGAGAACUCCAGUACCAGAUUUGGCAUGAAGAGCCUGUUUAUUCAUACAAAUACUGCAAUGAUUUAUUUGAUUAUCCUUCUUUGUGGUCUGAUCAAUACCAAAUCAUGACACAGGAGAAUAGCAUGUCAUCUGAAUUAUCUGGAGAAAUAAUAAUCGAAAGUUUGUGGGAGCAGCCGUGCUCCAUGAUAGAAGGCUUGUACACUUCAUAG